CACGCAUGCCAGUACGUAAUACAAAUACGAAAUAAAAUGUGCUAAACAAAAUGAUGUUCAACAAAGUGUGUUGUGUGCUAUUCUUCGUAAUAUUGGCUGAAGGCGGCAAAAGCAUUUCGCGCCAAAAUGUAGCAAGGAAAGAAAAUAGAGCUGGGAAACGUCCCGAUAAAAUCGAAGUGUUUGACAACUUGUUUAAUGUGUACGACCCAACGUUUUUGGCAGUUGUUUGGCCCAAAAUUACGAAUGGAAUGCACAUCUUAAUUGACCCCAACUGCUGGGAAGAGCUCGGAUAUUUCUUCAAAGACUUGACGGAAGGCAAAGCAUGGGCAUACAACGUUUUAGACGCAUCAGGGCGUUAUGGGUCAGGCCUGUUCAUGGGCAAUCGAUACUGGUUGGGAUCCAAAGAUCGAUGCCUGGACUUGGUAUGUUAA